UGACCCGGCAACUGCAAAGUGGGGGCGGAGCUCGUCCGAUCGCCUCCGUUCGCCUCAACCCCCACGUCGGUCGGUCGGCGGCGGCGGCGGCGGCGGCGCAUCAUCGAGACUUCGAGCUCUGACGCCGAUUCCGGUAGACGGAGACGGAGAGAGAGAUGGGGAGGAGGAGGCCGGUGGUGCUGGGAUUGGUGGUGGCCAUGGCGCUCGGAGUGGCCGUGUACCUCCGGCUUUGGUCCAUCGACUACUCCGUCUCCGCCGGCGACACUGAAUUGCUCAGAAAACAGUUCGAUCUCGCGAACCGGGAGGCGAUGGAUGAGUCCGCAGAAUGGAGGCUGAAGUACGAUGAAGAAUUAGAGAGGGCGAACACGUGCGAAGCGGAACUUAGAGAGCUUAAAGAGUCUCUUUCGAACAAGGCGGGAAAUUCUGCUCUCAGUAACUCAAAAUUGGUCAUGUUACAAAAGGAAAAGUUGGCGUUACUCAAGCAAGUGGAAGCAGUAAAACAUGAGCUCGAAAUUGAGAAGUUGAAGUGCAGAUCAAGAGACGUUAACCAAUGACAAACGCCGAGAGAUAUCAAUCGGUUGAUGAGCGAGCUGACCUUGGUAGCAGAAUGAACUCACGGAAGCGAUAGUUUCACAAGUUGGUGGUUUUCGAGAGAAGCUUACUUGUUGCUGCUAUCAUCCCCGAGAUUAUACCAUUGUCUUAUCAGAAUCCAUUAAGAGUCUCACCCUCUGCGUGUAUAUUUGGUUUGUCGUAUUGAUCAUCCAUUUUUAUCAUCCAUCUUGCAUUACACUAUGAAAUUUCGUCCUUCUUUGGGACAGUGUAUGAUGUUUCAAGGAUUAUUCACAUUAGUUAGAAAAUGCAUUCUUCUGUUGGAGCU